GGGUGGAAGCCGGGCCGGGGCGGCCAGCAGGCAAUUUGCAUGAGAGACAGACUGGGAAUGAGCUGGAGUGGGCGCCUCUCCGCGCACACAGAGCGGGGCAGGAGGGGGAGGAGGAGGGAGCUGCCGCCGCCGCCGCCGCCGGGGAGAGGCGGCGAAGUCCGGGCAAAGUUUGGUGCCGCGGGCCCGAGGCGCUGAGGCGGCGGAGAGCGGCGCGGGGCCGGGCGAGGCCGCCGGGGCCGGGCUUUGUGCUGCCCGCGGGGCCUGCGCGGAGCGGAGCGGAGCGGGGGGCGGUGGGGCGCUGCCGGCAGAGCCAGCAUGUCCUCCAUCCUGCCAUUCACCCCUCCCAUUGUCAAGCGGCUCCUGGGCUGGAAGAAAGGGGAGCAGAACGGGCAGGAGGAGAAAUGGUGCGAGAAGGCGGUGAAGAGCCUGGUGAAGAAGCUGAAGAAGACGGGGCAGCUGGACGAGCUGGAGAAGGCGAUCACCACGCAGAACAUCAACACCAAGUGCAUCACCAUCCCCAGGUCGCUGGAUGGCCGGCUGCAGGUGUCCCACCGCAAGGGGCUGCCCCAUGUCAUCUACUGCCGGCUGUGGCGGUGGCCGGACCUGCAUAGCCACCAUGAGCUGCGCGCCAUGGAGAUGUGCGAGUACGCCUUCAACAUGAAGAAGGACGAAGUCUGCGUGAAUCCCUAUCAUUACCAACGAGUGGAGACCCCGGUGUUACCCCCAGUGCUGGUGCCUCGGCACACAGAGAUCCCAGCUGAGUUCCCACCGCUGGAUGAUUACAGUCACUCUAUCCCAGAGAACACUAACUUCCCAGCAGGCAUUGAGCCGCAGAGCAACUACAUCCCAGAGACACCUCCUCCAGGCUAUUUGAGUGAGGAUGGAGAAACUAGUGACCACCAGAUGAACCCCAGCAUGGAUGCAGGUUCUCCAAACCUAUCACCAAAUCCUAUGUCUCCGGCACACAAUAAUCUGGAUCUGCAGCCCGUUACCUACUGCGAGCCGGCGUUCUGGUGCUCCAUAUCCUACUAUGAACUCAACCAGCGCGUGGGGGAGACGUUCCACGCCUCCCAGCCCUCCAUGACCGUGGAUGGUUUCACCGACCCGUCGAAUUCGGAACGCUUCUGCCUUGGUCUGCUCUCUAACGUGAACAGGAAUGCAGCAGUGGAGCUCACGAGACGGCACAUCGGAAGAGGAGUGAGGCUGUACUACAUUGGUGGCGAGGUGUUUGCUGAGUGCCUUAGUGACAGUGCCAUUUUCGUCCAGUCUCCCAACUGCAACCAGCGCUACGGCUGGCACCCAGCAACAGUCUGCAAGAUCCCACCAGGAUGUAACUUGAAGAUUUUUAACAACCAGGAGUUUGCAGCUCUCUUGGCUCAGUCUGUAAACCAGGGCUUUGAAGCUGUGUACCAGCUGACCAGGAUGUGCACGAUUCGGAUGAGCUUCGUCAAGGGCUGGGGAGCAGAAUACAGGCGGCAGACGGUGACCAGCACUCCCUGCUGGAUUGAGCUGCACCUCAACGGCCCUCUGCAGUGGCUGGACAAGGUCCUCACACAGAUGGGCUCCCCGAGCAUCCGCUGUUCCAGCGUCUCCUAAGGAAGCACCUCCUGGGGGCGGGCGGGGGAGCAAAGACUGGAGAAUGGAAUUGGCUGAACCCUUAGCAAAACACAUAGAGAAGAGAUUCCCAGUUACUGAAGUGAUAAGGAGAAACAAAUCUGUUAAAGUAGUGGCUUUUCUUGGUUUUGUUUCAUUUUUUCUUUUGUUAAACUUAAAGACCCAUUGAAGCCACUUCCACUGAAACUGUUAGCACUUUGGUUACAAGGCUGUGGGCCCUUGCAGUCAGAAUGAAGCUGAAGUAUAUCCUGAUAAAAGACGACUUUGUUUCAGCAGAGAGAAGCCAGUGCUGUGCCUCCAGCCAUGGCUCAUUCCAUCUGCCCCACGCAGCCCCGGCAUCUCUGACAGACACCAUGGGUCUUUGGGAUGUCUCUUGCUCAUGCAUUGCUGUCUCCAUCCACCUGAUGCACGCCCGUUCUUCCUGGGAUUGCAGCAGUAGGUGGAAAAGCAAGCACGAGAAGCACAUGCAAGGACUGAUUGCCCAGUAUUGCUCCUGAAGGGACAGAUUUCCACGCUGCACAGCUCACCGAGAGGCAGCGCCUUGCUUUGUGCCCGAGCUGCCACUGUGCCCUGCUUGUCUCAGUCUGGAUUUACAUGAAGCAGAGGCCAAAGUCACGGCUCUUUCUGACACUGCUGCAGCAACUUGUGACUGGAGCUGCUCACUAACAGACAUUGGGAAUGUGAGGAGCUCUUGCUGGAUAAGUUAAGCCUUCAUUACUGCGCAUUAACUAAAGAAAGUUUGUAUUCUGUUUUCUCAUGGUGUUGAUUGGUAUCUGCCACUUCUUAAGUCGUAGGGGCUUAGUGAACUCGGUGCCCAGGUCUGCUGUGGAGAUGGCUCCUGCUGCCACUUGCAGAAAACCCAGUUCUGUAGGUUAUCCCACAGUCGUACGUGACCGUGCCGGAACCAGGACAUCUCAGAUGCACCAACAAAACAUGGUUUAAAAACUUAUUUCAUCUAAUGAAAAUCCUUUGAGAUGUGUUCUCACCUGGAGAAAUGGAGAGAGUGUAUUAACGUGUUAUAAAAUGUUCAUUUAAAUAUACAUGCUCCAGACUGUUCAGUAUUUUUUCCCUGCAGCAACUGUCGUGGCAAACAACUUCUACAACUGGAAAAAAAACCCCUCAGCACUUGUUUUUAUGGUUCCAGUUUGCCAAAUAAGUCUCAUAACUUUGUCAGUGCUAUCCUGUUAUUUGCUUCUUUACAUCUGUGUGGAAUACCACACGCGUUUGUGCCAAACUGUUAGAAGGGGGAGGGGAGAAAAUGAUAAUCACAAUUUCUUCUGGACUUUUAUUUUCUCCCCAUCUACACAACGUGUGGCUCUGGGAAGGACAGGCUGCGAUGGACGCUGAGUGAUUUGUGUGAAGGCUUCAGUCCUGCAGAGCUCUGUGCUCCCAGACACGAACAUGAGCAGCCCUGCACUCCGUGCCCUGCGAUACCUUGCAGACUCUUCCCAGGAUCAGCCACGCGCCCCAUGGCUGCAGGGAGGCUCUUUGGGUGUGCUCAUCCACUCUGCCCCUCAGCCCCACCGCCUGGCUUGGACCCGAGGCAUCAGCAGCACCCGAGGUGGACGCAGAGCAGAGGUGUGCUUCACCAGGCAGACAGAGGGACGCUCCGGGGGAGAGUCUUGUUUCUGAACCCAGAGGAUGAGCUGUGGGACAGACGGCAGGAUUUCGGGUGAGCUUUCCCUGUGCAGCAUGGCUUGUAUCAUAGCACUGGAGGUUUUCUAGGACUUUUUUUUAACUGUUCAUUUUUGCUCUGUGUCUGAUUUUAGUUAAAUCUCUGAUUGCAUGGACUUGUGCAAUAAGAGCAUCUGUGUAAAGUAGUGUUUUUGAGCUGCUUAGCUAGGGAUGUCUGUCAUCGUGGGCUGAUGAAGCACGUGCUUUCAGGUACAGCUUUCCAACAGUUGCAAGCAGUAAUUUAUUCAGACUUCUGUGGAAAUAUUUGACUUCCUGUUGUAGUGAGAGGAGAGAAUCUGCUCUGUAAAACUCUCCCAGGUUUCCUACUCAAGUCCCUUUAAGUCACGCUUGCCUCUUUAUCUACAUAAUCAUGAAAAAGCUGGGCUCUGUUGUGUCUUGUGCACCAGCUACCAAAACGGCGCCUUAAAUUCAGGUGCCAGGCAGCUCGUUCCCAUGGUGUGUGCAGGACCCAGCCUGACCUGGGGCACAAGCUGGAGUAAACCCUGCUUUUGUACAGGGUCUGCAUGGAAUCGCCUCAGCCAAACCAAGAAUUGGACCUGGAUUCCCUCUGUUUCAUUUGAUGAAGGACAGCGGGCUGCUGACUGCUGUUAAUAGAUGCCUCUUUAGAAACAGGAUUUGGAUGAUGCAUAAAAACUUUGGUUAAUCCCACCCCGUCAUCCCUUAAGUAAAUGACUUCCAAUAGAAAGCAUGAAGCUGUUCUAGUGAUGCAAUUAGAUAAAACAGGGAGAUUAUCUUCUUUAAAGAGAUAAUGCCCUCUCCUCCCCUUUGUUCGCCUCCUCACUAAUGCAUAAAAGCCUUAUGGCUUCCAGUGACCUUAGAAAGCCAAAUGGGAAGCCUGUGCCACGCAGCAGGUGAGGAAGGGCUGUGAUCCCUCUCUCUCAGCAGCAGUGAGUUGGAUGGGUGAAAGCAAACUGAGAUGAGCUCUGGAUCCCAGCACGGAAGGGAAGGGGCUGCAUGGUGGCAUUGGUGCAACACCAUUGGCUUAGUGUUGCUUUUCCAUUCUUUUCUAAAACUUCCUGAAAGUAGCUUUGACAUGUAGCACGGCUGUAUGCCAGCAGCCUGCCCUAGUGAGAUGGCACUCCUCGCUGAUGGUAGUGUUGGCUUGUUUCACCAGCAUUCCAUGCAUUCUCCUUACUAGCAGAGUCAAUAUCUUUUUGCUUAGUGUAGCUGUACACAAGGGCCUGACUGCUGGCAGAUGACACUGAUGGCCCUGUGGUUUUAUGUGACUGUGGAGGGUUUUUUCAGUUAUUAAUGUAUUGAACUGAGUUGCAGUGUGUAGGUUGCGUUGUCUCAGAAGUAAUCCAGUGCUCUCCAUUUGGUGCACAAGGAUGGAGAAAUCUGAUCCAUCCGAUUUCCUGAAAGCUCCAGUACAGAAUGGCUGGAGGUGGCCUUUCAGACAGUGGGAAGCAACUGUUUCCCUUCCCCUGCAGGAUGGCACACUUUGAACUGUGUACAACUUAACAGGUUGAAGAAUAUUCAGGACUCCAGCUUGAGGAGCAGGUGUCAGCAUCCACAGCUCGUGCUGCCUGCUAAGGAGAAAAAGCACAGGGAGCGAGAAGAACAGCGCAGAGAGGGACUUCAGCCCUGUCACAAAGCAUCUGUGAGCCUUCCUAGUUCUCCAGGGCACCGGAUAGGUAGAAGGGGUGGGAUAUCAGAAAUAAGCUGGGAAGCUAGGAGGAGAAAUAAUUAGUUGCUGUAUCGUAGCGGAUGGGGCGAUAUGGUUAAGAAAUUCAGUAUAUGUUUUUUGUUAUGUACAUGCUUGUAUUUAUGUUGUUUUUCUUGAAUAUUCAGAUGAAUCCAAUGCAUAACUUUUAACAGAAGGGGCAAUUCAGUAUUCUGAGCGUUAAAUCUUUCCUGUGACCCUUUCUGGUGGCUGCUGCUCAGGCAGUUACUGAUGUGAGAACAAGAGAUGCAUCUCAGAGCUGAGCAACAAGCGCUGGCAAAGAAAGCAAAACGAGGACAUCUCCAGCAGCAGUCUGUACCUGAGCUGUUGUUUUAGUUUUGAGCAGUGAGUCAGGUUCCCAGGUGGGCCCUUCAGUUGUGUUCUUCAGUCUUUUCAGGUUUAUGAGGCUUCAAAAAGAAAACAGCAUACCGUUCUGUAAAUGCUUUGGUUCAUCCUCAUGUUUCCUCCGGUACAUGGAUCCGAGGAGUCUGCACCGCUGCUGCUGAGUGCAUCUGCUCCUCUCUCCAUGGAGGCAGCCUCCUUCCCUCGCUCUUGAUGGAACUGUUCCCCUCUGAUAGAUAUGUAUGAGCAUGUAUGCAGUAGUGUUUAGGUUUUCUUAACCUGAGAUUGUACGUUAACGAGCGGUGGUGUCACCUACAUGCUUGAGCUUGUUAAGCAUUAUUCGCCUAUUUUGUUACUACAGGCCUGUACUAUGUAUGCCCUCUUAUUUCAUAUGUGAAACUGUAAGUUCUAUUUUUGACAUUUUAAUAAACUUUGAAUUGAAAACAAA